GCAAGAAAAGGCGACAGCAACACAUCAACAAAUUGAAGCGAAUUAAUAAAAAAAUAAACCAUUGUGACUAAAAAUGGACAGUCAAAACUCAAAGUCUACGAGUAACGAUUCACGCUGCGUGUUUUUUAAUACAGAUUCAGAAGACUAUCGAUGCGUGGUGAUUUUAACAGUAAAACGAGCCACAGGAACCUUCUCCUUAGUAGGAUGUAUUUUCAUGCUCCUUGUGAUCUGGCUACUUCGCAGAUAUCACUCUUUGGCUCAGAAGAUGAUCCUCAGCCUGACUGUAGCUGCCUUCUUCGAUAGCGUAGCAUAUGUCAUGGGUGAUUCACAUCCAGAGGGAUCGCUUUGUGACUUCCAGGCCUGCUGGCUAACUUACUUUGACUGGAGUGCCUUGGCCUGGGUUUGCCUCAUCACAGUGAACCUGUACCUCAACCUGGUCCAAGAAAUCAGCACCAACAGAUAUGAGAAGUUGUACCAUCUGAUGGCGUGGGGGGUGCCUCUAGUCAUGGCCUCUUUGCCGCUGCUGAAGGGAUACUACGGCCCCGCGGGAGCCUGGUGCUGGAUCACAGACGAUCACGUAGCCUGGAGAUUUGGGAUAUGGUACGUGCCGUUGUUCAGCCUCAUCUUCCUGAUGAUCUGCUGCUACGCCAGGAUAAUCUGCGUGGCCAAUGCGAGGAUGCAGUCAUGGUUGGGAACCUUCAACCCGGAGAGAGAGAGACGAAAGGUUUCCUUGGCCGAGGAGAUCAAACCGUUGAAGUGGUAUCCCUCCGUUUACCUGGUGGUGUCCAUCUUCCCCCUCAUCAACAGACUCCAUAAUGCCUUCUACCCAAAGGAUCCAUCCUUCUCGCUCACCCUGUUGCACGUCCUGUCAGCACCACUCCACGGCUUGGCCAACGCCUUUGUCUUCGGCCUGGACAGGGAUUGGUGGAGCCUACUGAGUCCUACUGGCAUGCAGCUGGCUCUGCAGUCCCGGCUGUGUGACAGGACUCUGAUUGGAGAGUACCACCCCGGGGCGGUGCGCUACACACAGGCUGACCUGGUCGACCUCAGCGAUGACGACGACGACAAUGACACCAACGUGCUCUUCUACUCCCCCGACAUGACCCUGAAAGACCGAGGGCCCUGAGAGAGAGCCGGAGAGAAUAAGAGAGAGGGGGAGAGAGAGAUAGAGGGAAGAGCCGGAGGAUAGGAGCACGAACGAGGGUCACAGCCAGAGAGAGACGCAGCGGAUUAGAAACUGAGAGAGAGAGGAACAAGAGGUAGAGAGGGAAUGAAAGGGAAGAUUGGGGGGACAGUAAGGCAGAUAGGAGGCGGAGAUGAGCUGUCAGGUUCCAUUAUUAAUCCCCAUCCUUUACUAUUUAAUAUCCUAAAGACACACACACACACACACACACAUAGCGAGCAGAGCUGCAGCUCCCUGCUAUACUACUAUGGGAGAGGAGCAAGACAGGAUCGGCUCUAAAGAUCCUCCUAAUGUCAAAGGCAUCUGCUGCAUCCCAAAGGUUUUAAAACAAUUUCCCCUCUCUGCACUGCCUUCUUCACUCCUGCAUUCUGCAGUGUUUUGGCACACCGCAAAAGUGAAAGGGGGGGGGGGAAAGGAACGACUGAAAGGCAAUCAUAAUAAGGUGUUAGUUUAGCAUUCAGAGCAAUUACCUUUUCACUUCUCUGCAGGGGAUGAAGUGAAAGCAGGCCUUUUUAAAAAGCACCCUGUGUGUCAGAAGGGAAUCAUCUACGGUUCUGGAUCUGAACAAUUGUCUCCGUGAUAGGGGCAGGGUGGGGUACAGUGAAAAAAACAAGAGGGGGGUUAAAAAACAGUGAAGAUGACUUGGUAGGGCAAGUAAGUCUCACGACAGUUCUUAUGUUUUUCUCCUUGCAUAUGACUUUAUUGUUCUAGCAACUUACGCACAAGUAUUACUUUGAACGGUUGUUUUGUAUUUGAAUGAAAUUCUACAUGUGUUUGUUAUACUGUAUUUAUCACUGUACCAUAUAUAUUUAAGUGUACACUCUAUUUUUGUACGUGCCUUGGACUGGAAUGUGUCCAAACCUGCUGCUCUCACAUGACAGUUUAAAUACAUAGCCUUAUGGACAACUACAAAACAUGUAUUGUUAAUCAGUCAACACAAACACACACACACAUACAGACACACGUGCUCUCUCGAAAGUCCCUGUCAAAACAGGUCCAAAUCGAGGGCACACACACACAUGCACACAUGCCAUAGCAACAGCCUUUGAUGGUUCAUCACCUCCUGGCCCUUGUCAGAGGUGCUGAGGUGUGAUUGGCGGGAUAAUGGAGUCGCUUUAUAUUCAACCUCAGCCCAUUUGGUAUUUCCACACAUCGUGGUGGUUUCAUCACUGUCUGUGCGAGCUGCCGGCUGUCAGCUGCCUCUCUGACAGGUUGAACUAAUGAACCCACACUUGACCCUUUUUACCCUUGGGUUUUUGAACUUUUCUGCUCGGCGUCAAUGACACAAGAGCGCAACUUUAGAUUGCAGUUUACAGAGCCCCACCACUGUGUUAUAUACACACACACACACACACACACACACACACACACACACACACACACACACACACACUGCCCAAACCCCAUUUUAGGCACUGUUGCUGGUUUUACUUGACUGUGCACUCCAUCAAAUAAAUGAGCAGGAGAGACAUUUCAU